GUCGUGGGGUGCCUGACGCUCAACGGGCAGGCGCUGCGGCCAAUGGAGUACAGAUCUGCCGGCAUCAUCGGGAAAUUCCGCCCCGUGGCGUGUGGCGUGUGCGACGCCGACGUGAGCUGCUUUGCCGCUGCGACGAGGACGAUGUCGAGGUCGUGCGGCUGCCGCUGUGCUGAGGGCGGGUACGGGCGCGACUGCCUGCCGGUGUACCUGCCGCACGUGGACGGAUGCAACCGCACGCCUGCCCUGCCGCUGCUGAGCCACACGGCGACGCUGACGGAGACGCGCAGCCCGACACCAAGUUCGACAUCGAGCCCGAGCGCAGCGCACUACAGUCCGACGCCGUACGGGCCGACGGAGGCGCUGCAGGUGACGGAGACGGUGGCGCUGUCGCCCACGCGGACCUCGACGGCGUCGGUGAGCAGCACGUUGUGGUGGAGCGAUGUGGCGUGCCCGACGCUUGCUGUGACGACGACGGCGGCUGGUGGGAGCCUGACGCAGAACGACAUCCGCGGCGGUGGGAGCGCCGUCCCGACGCGGCUGAUGGUGGCGCUGCCGCCGCCGUUUCGAUGGGCACGCGAACCGCAGCUCGGCACGUACCUGAGCUUCGUUCCUGUGUUGACGGCGCAACCGAGUGGGUUUGGCGGUCCGUGGGGAGCGAUGCUGCGCAACGCGACGUGGGUGCGCAACGCGACGAAUCCGUCCACCGUCCUGGAGCUGGCUGUGCCCGUGCACCGCGGUUACUUCAUUGGUGCCGACGAGACGAUAGUCAUUCGCUGCGACGCUGUGGCGGUGUCCGGCGGCUGCAAGGGUGUGCUGCUUGGGUCCUUCACGAUCAGGUCUGACACGCUGCCCGCUGCUGCCAACGCCCUCUCGGCGAUCACCGGCGUUGUUGCGGGUGCGGCGGCUGUUGCCGUGGUGGUGACCGGCGGGCUGGGCUCCAUUCUGGAGAUGCAGGCGCUCGGCGUGUUUGCGAGGAUGUCAUGCGCCUCGGCGCAGGAGCGUGCGAGCACCGCUGCGCUGCCGUACUUCCUGUCGGUGUUCGCUGCCCUUGAUCCGCUGUGGAUGGUGGUGGGCAACGCGCUGCUCGCCGCUGUGUUCGGGUGCGUGCACCGCGGUGUGACGGCCGCCUUCCAGCGGUGGCGCGGCGUGGACGCGGCGACUGCGUGGGCGGCGAUGCGCUUCCCGAGCCUGACGUACGUCGUGGCGCACGCGAUGCACCUCGGCAUUUUCUUCGGCUCCGUGCUUGCACUGGCGAUGCCCGGCGCCCGCGUGCAGCACCGCGUGGUCGGCGUCGUUGGCGUGCUGUACGGUGUGGCGUUCCCUGCUGGCGUGUGCUACUUGAUUGCCCGCCACACGGGCGCGAGCUUCACGAGGUACUGGCAGUUUUCGAGGAAGCCGCUGCACGAGCGCCUGCUGUACCCCGUCGGGUAUUGGCACCCCGCGGCGCAGCAGCGGAUGUACGGCAGCAUGCUGACGAACAUGAAGGGCAGCCACGUGUACUGGUGCGUGUUCCAGCUGUCGGUGCUGUGUGUGGUGG